GUUUUAGUAAAGCCACAAUAACCUCGUUAACUUAGGGCUUCACUUCUCUCCAUGUCAUGCGAAACGUUUCUGAUACAAGAAAAAAAGCCUAACCCUAGCUAGCUUUAUCCAGUAAAUACUUCGUCACACUCUUUCUAGGGUUUCUACAUAAAUCUCGAUCAAUUCGGUUUCAGUACUCUCUGGAAUCUUAUUGGUUUAUGUGGUUUCUCCAUAGAUUUUGAUAUCUCAAUCCUAUCUAAUCUAUUCUAAGCUACAAGAGAUUCGAUUCAGAGGUUUUUUUUGAUUCCUAAAGUACAGAGGCUGCAUGGAUAAGAGAUAUAUUUUGAUCAAUUGUUGAAGAGGAAGGAUGAGUUUUGGUUUUUGAAGCAAAAGCUGAAGAUUUUAUUUAAGGAUUUCACUCGAUUUUGAGGGGUUUUGGAGAAUGAAUGAAAUUUCUCUAAUUAUUUGGGGAUUUCACUCGAUCUGUUGAAGACUGCGUAUAUGGGAGGAAGAUUGGUUGCUGCGGUGGAGAAAUCAUCUUAUCUUUGAACUGACAAAUUUAUUUCUGAGGAAACUUCUUUUUUUCAUAAAAGUUUGAAUCUUGAGAAGAUAGGAUCUGCGUUUUCUUAGGGUUAUUACAAAGGAGAUAAAAUCACUUGUACUCUUUUAAAUUAUAGUUAUAUUAUAGGCCUUUUAUUUUCAUUGAUUGGCCUUUGAAAAUAUAAAUUUCUGUUCUUUUUAAUUUUCUGAUAAAUCUAGUGCAGAAAAGUGAAAAAAAAUAUGGCUGUGUAUUAUAAGUUCAAGAGUGCUAAAGAUUUUGAUUCCAUACCAAUUGAUGGUCAUUUUAUAUCGGUUGCGAAUUUGAAAGAAAAAAUAUUCGAAUCAAAACAUUUGGGCAGGGGUACUGAUUUUGACCUCAUGGUUGCUAAUGCUCAAACUAACGAAGAGUACCAGGAUGAAGCAACGUUGAUACCAAAAAACACAUCCGUUUUAGUUCGGCGAGUUCCUGGACGGCCUCGCAUGACCAUUGUUACUGAACCAGAAGAGAAGAAAUCUGUAGAGGAUAAAGUAGAGGAAGCUCAGCCAGCCAAAAAUAACUUUAGCAUGGCUGAUUCUUCUGUUAGAAUGCCUGAGGAAAAUGAGUGGGAUGAAUUUGGAAACGAUCUUUAUGCGAUUCCUGAAGUGCUCCCAGUUCAAUCCGGCAAUCCUGUGAUGGACGCCCUUCCUCCUAGUAGAGCUGAUGAAGACAGCAAGAUUAAAGCUUUAAUGGAUACAACUGCAUUGGACUGGCAACGGCAAACACAGGAGGGUUUUGGGGCUGGUAGAGGUUAUGGAAGAGGUGUGGGUGGAAGAAUGAUGGGCCCUGGUAGAGGUUUUGGCCGAGGUGUUGCUGGUGGUGGUUUGGAGCGCAAGACACCUCCACCAGGUUACACUUGUCACAGAUGCAAGACGCCUGGUCACUUUAUUCAGCAUUGUCCUACAAAUGGUGAUCCUAAUUAUGAUAUCAAAAGGGUGAAACCUCCAACUGGCAUUCCAAAGUCGAUGUUAAUGGCUACCCCUGAUGGUUCUUAUGCCUUGCCAAGUGGUGCAGUUGCUGUAUUGAAGCCGAAUGAGGCUGCUUUUGAGAAAGAAAUCGAAGGGUUACCUUCUACUACUCGUUCAGUCAGUGAUCUUCCGCCUGAACUCCGCUGCCCGUUAUGCAAAGAAGUAAUGAAGGAUGCUGUGCUGACCAGCAAGUGCUGUUUCAAGAGUUUCUGUGACAAAUGUAUCAGGGACCACAUAAUCUCAAAAUUAGUAUGCAUUUGUGGGGCUACAAAUGUACUUGCAGAUGACCUUCUGCCAAAUAAAACCCUCAGGGAUACUAUAAACCGCAUUUUGGAAUCAGAUAACGUUAGUGCUGAAAACGGUGGCAGCAUUUUGCAAAUUCAUGAUAUGGAGUCCGCCCGUUCUGCCCCAUUCAAAGUUCCAUCGCCUACUGCUUCUGCAGCGUCCAAGGGGGAACAACUGCCGCUACAGUGUAAGGUAGAAACUCAAAAAGAGGUGACUGCAGUCAAUGUAAAGCAUGAACCAGCUAUUCCUCAACAGUCAUCUGAGAAAGGGAAAGCUACAAAAGCAGUAUCGGAAGCUACGUCUGUGAGUGUGAAGGAACCUGCUUUACAGGGUAAUGCUCCACCAGCGGAAGAAGAAGUGCAACAGAAGUUGCCUUUUGCUGAGCCAGUGAAGAAAAAGAAAAAGAAGAAGGCUGUUUUACCCAUUAAUGGUGCAGACAUGCAGUGGAGAACACCUCAAGAUCUAGGAUACGAAAAUCAUAUGAUGCCUUUUCCUCCAGCAGCUUGUAACCCAUAUUGGGGUGGUAUGCCGCUUGGGAUGGAAGGAUAUAUGGGUGCUCCAUACAUGGGAAAUAUGGGCAACAUGGGAAACAUACCAUACAUGGGUUAUAAUCCGGGCCCCUUUGAUGUUCCAUUCGGGGGAAUGAUUCCUCAAGACCCCUUUGGAGGGCAAGGUUACAUGAUGCCAGUAGUUCCACCCCAGAGGGAUCUUGCAGAGAUUGCUUUGGGCUCAAGCCAAGCACCCCCUAUUAUGAGCAGAGAGGAAUUUGAGGCCAGAAAAGCUGACCUGAGGAGAAAGCGUGAAAUGGAGCGACGGAGUGAAAGGGAGUAUUUUAAUGAUAGGGAAAGCGGCAGUGAGAUGAGCAACAGUGGUGAUAUAUCUUCAUUGAAAACAAAAUCUCAUCAGAGACCGUCCAACUAUCCUUCAAGCCUGGAGCCGCAGCAAUCACAGUAUAGCCGGCAAAAUCAUCAGCAUCAUCGAUCGGAGAAGCCACCACUUAGUAACACAGAAAGAGUAGCCCCACCAUUACAGCAACCACGAGAGGCGAAUAUGCCAGCUCGAUCAGGGAAGAGGCAGCUCGAAAGUGAAGAGGAUGCUGCUGCAGAAGCCAUGGCAGCAGACAAGAGACACAAGGCCAGUGUCUUCUCUCGUAUAAGUUUCCCAGAAUUGAACAGUAGUAAUCCACCAAUAAAGAAGAAGAAAUCAUCUUCUUCUUCUACUUCAGAACUCCCUAGUACCAGGAGUAGCAAUGGGUAUAAAGAUUAUGAUCCUCCGGCAACUUCAUCUACUCAUAGUCAUCACCACCAUAGAUCGUCAUCGCAUCAUCACCAUCAACGGGAUGAAAGCAAAUCAGUAUCGGCAGUAAUUUCUAGUUCGCGAAAGAGUAGUAGUUUGGUAGUUGAUCAGGAUUCAAGUGACGAGGAUAGACAUUUCAAGAGGAGACCAUCAAGGUAUGAGCCUCCUCCUCCACCUAUCGAGGAUGAAGUUGUAGCAGUCAGGUCUUCAAGACGCUCAAGGGAAAGAGAUCAUUAUGAGCGAGAACAUCGCCACAGCAAGCAUAGAUAGACAGAUCGUAGCGGACCAAGUCUCAGUUGCUUACCCUUCUCUCUGUCUCUCUCUCUCUUAGACUCAGGUAUACAACCGCCAGUGUACACCGAUUGUAGAAUAGGACCCAAAAUGGGUUUCCUUGUUGUGAAGACGGAGAACAGAAGAGGACGAGGUUCUUUUCUAGCUGUUCUUGUAACGUAAUCUGCUUAUUUGUAUGUUAACGAGUGACUCACCUCCUCUGUCUCUGUAAAUGCUUUUGCAUACCUCAAAAUUUUCAACUCCUUAUUAUCCUUAAAAAUAAAUUUACUUUAUUGGACAUCAAUUAAGUAUUUUUUGUUUCUUA